GACAACUUUCGCCCGCUUCUUCAAUAUAUAAAAGAACAACUCUCUCACUAAGGCAAACCAUCUCUCUCUCUCUCUCUCUCCCUCUGAAGCAAACCAUGAAGAAGAAUGAACACCAACAACCACGAUCGCCGCCGCCGCCCCCGCCCCCGCCGAAGCUCCUCCUCGCCACCGCCCAAAUGCAAUUCCACCACCUCAUCCACUACUUCCUCCUCUUCGCCUCCGGCUUGGCCCUCGGGCUCGCCCUCUCCAUCUCCCUCAAAAGCUUCUCCUCCUUCAACGUAUCCUUCCAGCUCAACAACAGCAAUCAACUCUCCCUCCAAAGCCCCGCCUCGCCGCUGCCGCCUUCUCUCUUCAACCAGACCCCGACGCAGUGGUGUCGCACCGUCUCGAGCGACUUCUUGGACCCGCCGACCACCAUGCACGACAUGGACGACAAGGAGCUCCUCUGGAGGGCGUCCAUGGCUCCCAAGCGACGAGGGUACCCUUUCAAGCGGGUCCCCAAGGUCGCCUUCUUGUUCUUGACAAGAGGCCCUCUGCCGCUGGCGCCGCUGUGGGAGAGGUUCUUCCGAGGGCACGACGGUCUUUUCUCCAUCUACGUCCACUCUAAUCCGGCGUUUAACGCGACGCUGGACGGCGGCGAAAGCGAAGGCUCUGUCUUCCACGGCCGGAGAAUUCCGAGUAAGGAGGUCCAGUGGGGCAAAUUCAACAUGAUAGAGGCCGAGCGGCGCCUCCUCGCCAAUGCGCUGCUCGACAUCUCGAACCAACGGUUUGUCCUCCUCUCGGAGUCGUGCAUCCCCCUCUUCAACUUCACCACCGUCUACUCUUACCUUGUCGGGUCAACCAAGUCCUUCGUCGAGGCCUACGACCUGCCAGGGCCCGUGGGCCGGGGCCGGUACAACAGGCGGAUGCGGCCCACGAUCCAGAUCGGGCAGUGGCGGAAAGGGUCGCAGUGGUUCGAGAUGGACCGGGGCCUGGCCAUCGAGGCGAUCUCGGACACGAAGUACAUCUCAGUGUUCAGGAGGUUCUGCAAGGGCUCAUGCUACUCGGACGAGCAUUACUUACCCACGUUCGUGAGCAUCAUGUUUUGGAGGAGGAACUCGAACCGGAGCUUGACUUGGGUCGACUGGUCGAGGGGCGGACCGCACCCGACCCGGUUCAGCCGGGGGCAGGUGACCAUUGAGCUCUUGAAGAGGUUGAGAGGUGGAGGAAGCAAGAAGUGCGAGUACAAUGGGAAGAGCACGAGCGUCUGCUUCUUGUUUGCUAGGAAGUUCCUGCCCAAUGCCUUGGACAGGCUGCUGAGAUUUGCUCCAAAGGUCAUGGGGUUCUAAAAAACUAAGAUAAAGAACAUGGAAUUGUACUUCUUUCAUUGACCAUUUUGAUGAUGUCUUUUGUCUUGUUU